UAGGAUACCCAAUUAAGCUGCGCUUUCAGAAACUCAAGCUUUGAGAAAGUCUAGCAAAGAGCAAGGCAAGAGAGAAAACAACAAAGUGGGAAGCCCAUCAAGAGUGAAAGGGUAAGGCUGUAAUUGCUGCAGCUCUGCAAACCUUAGCUAGGCAUAUCCAGAUUCCCCCAAAGGAAGACCCUUCCUCACCCAGGCCCAGGGAAGAUGCUGAAAAAGAUUCUCUCACCUGUGACCUGGCUUUGCAUUUUUGUCGUGGCUUUUGUCAGCCACCCGGUGUGGCCCCAGAAGCCCCCUAAGCUCAAGACACCUGCACAACUCAAAGUGGCUGCCUGCUGUGAGGAGGUGAAGGAGCUCAAGGCCCAAAUUGCCAACCUAAGCAGUCUGCUGAAUGAGCUGAGCAAGAAGCAGGAGAGGGACUGGGUCAGCGUGGUCAUGCAGGUGAUGGAACUAGAGAGCAACACCAAGCGCAUGGAGUCAAGGCUCACAGAUGCCGAGAGCAAGUACUCCGAAAUGAACAACCAGAUUGACAUUAUGCAGCUGCAGGCAGCGCAGACUGUCACUCAGACCUCGGCAGAUGCCAUCUAUGACUGCUCAUCCCUCUACCAGAAGAACUACCGCAUCUCUGGAGUGUACAAGCUUCCUCCUGAUGACUUCCUGGGCAGCCCCGAGCUGGAGGUAUUCUGUGACAUGGAGACGUCAGGCGGUGGCUGGACUACCAUUCAGAGACGAAAGAGUGGCCUUGUCUCCUUCUACCGGGACUGGAAGCAGUACAAGCAGGGCUUUGGCAGCAUCCGUGGGGAUUUCUGGCUGGGGAAUGAACACAUCCACCGGCUUUCCAGACGGCCAACCCGGCUACGUGUGGAGAUGGAGGACUGGGAGGGCAACCUGCGCUACGCAGAGUACAGCCACUUUGUUUUGGGCAAUGAACUGAACAGCUAUCGCCUCUUCCUGGGGAACUACAGUGGCAAUGUGGAGAACGAUGCCCUCAUCUAUCAUAACAACACAGCCUUCAGCACCAAGGACAAGGACAAUGACAACUGCUUAGAUAAGUGCGCACAGCUCCGCAAAGGUGGAUACUGGUACAACUGCUGCACAGAUUCCAACCUCAACGGGGUUUACUACCGCCUUGGUGAGCACAACAAGCACCUGGAUGGCAUCACCUGGUAUGGCUGGCAUGGGUCCAGCUACUCCCUCAAACGGGUGGAGAUGAAAAUCCGCCCAGAAGACUUCAAGCCCUAAAGAGAGACCUGCUGUGGAGCAGGGCAGUAGAAAUGGAGACAAAUCGAGGCUAGGCAAGGGUGCGGAAGGAGAGGAAGAGAGCAUAGAAAGGGUGGGGAUAGAAAAUGGCCUAUAACCUCCACUGAGAGAGUAAGUCUCUGAGGUGCACAAUAAAAUUAUAUGUACCAAGGAUGUUACAGUAAAUGGGAUGAAGUAUUUGAACACAUUGGGUCCUGGCACAUACUUCUCAGAGGGCUGGCCUGAGUGGGUUCUCACCUGUGACCCCUGACAUAGCAGUGGCUUCUCUUUUCCACAUAAUUUUUCUGUGAAAGAAUAAUAAUCGUGAGACCACUUGAUCCAUUUACUCUAAGGCCUAGGUUACGUGAGGGCAGAAAACAAAUCCCUUUGCUAAAAACAACCAUUCUAUUUUGAUCCUCCGGGAGGGGUCUCGGGUGUGAGAGAAAGGAGUGAAGAGGGUGGUGCAGGAGAGGAGUUUCUAUUUUUAAAUCUUCAGUUCUAUUUUUACCUUCAGUCUAUAUGUUGUUUUUAAAAUGACAAGAACUGUUCUGCUGGAAGUGAGCCGACCCAGGCUGGACCCGCUUGGAGGAAAGCGCAGGGCAGUGGGCCUUCCAAGUGUCUUCUGAGCACCUUCCCUGCUCGGCCUCAAUCAGGUACACUAAAGUGGGUCUAGUGGCAGCUGGGAGCUCCAGCAGCAGGUGGGGAUAAGUCCCUUGUGGAUGCUUGCACAAAACUGCCUUAAAAUAGUCACACUCAAUAUAGCUGUAUCUAUUCUAUUUUCUAUUUACUCUGUAAGAAAAGGGCUCAAAGAGCUUCCUCUUUUAUCUAUAAAAAAAUGGCUGAAAAAUGAAGG